UCAUUUCAUCACCAUAUCGCCACGCACCAAUCAAUCUUAAUUUGCGAGAGAGGCCGAGAUGCAGAUCUUCGUGAAGACGCUGACGGGGAAGUCGGUCACUCUCGAGGUCGAGAGCAGCGACGCCAUCAACAACGUCAAGGCCAAGAUCCACGACAAGGAAGGUAUCCCGCCGGAGCAGCAGCGUCUCAUCUUCGCCGGGAAGCAGCUGGAGCAGGACGGGCGCAGGCUCGGCGAGUACGGCAUCCAGAAGGAGUCGACGGUGCAGCUGGUGCUCCGGCUCCGCGGCGGCACGAGGGGCGGCUACAUCAUCCAGGAGCCCAGCCUGCUGGCCCUCGCGCUCAAGUACAACGAGAAGAAGAUGGUCUGCCGCAAGUGCUACGCACGCCUUCCCGACAGGGCUACCCACUGCCGCAAGAAGAAGUGUGGCCACAGCAACCAGGUAAGACCAAAGAAGAGAUUCGUAUCCAAGCACACCAUCUGAGUCGUUCAAAACGUUGUCAUGCAACAGUUCAAUCAAAGUCUUCAUAUUACGGAUUUAUAUUUUGUGUUACCAUGUUAUUAUUAGUUAAUAAACGUUCCACUUGGCAUCUAUUGCCGUUUCUGCAUGGCGGAGAAUAAUUAAUGAGAGUUUGCUUCAAUGUUUGUGGA